ACCAAAAUGUAAAGUUAAAUUCUAAACAUGUUUCUGGUCAUAGUAGGCAUUGGCCUUUCUAUAUGUAUCUGUCACUGGUUGUAGAAAUUCGUUCAAGGCCCCCUUACAAUAAAAAUGAACGUUUUGAAGAAAGUGAGUGUCUCAAGAUUCGUCCCACAUUUCCGAUGGAAGCACACCUUGCCAGAACUGCCGUAUGAGUAUUCUGCGCUUGAGCCCACGAUAUGCCGGGAGAUCAUGGAACUGCAUCACCAGAAACAUCACGCUGGAUACGUAGAAGCCUUCAACAGUGCCGAAGAGCAGUUACGCGAAGCGCUGGUCAACUGCAACCCUAACAAGGUCAUUCAACUGGGCAACGUACUCCGAUUCAAUGGCGGUGGUCACAUCAAUCACUCACUUUUCUGGGAAAACCUUUCGCCACACUGUACCGCACCUUCCAAAGCACUAGAAAGCGGCCUGAAGCAAAAUUUCUACAGUAAGGAAGAUUUCAAACAAUUGAUGCGUGAUACGGCACUGUCAGUACAGGGCUCCGGAUGGGUUUGGCUGGGAUGGCAUAAGCCGUCCAAAACGAUGAAGAUUGCUGCCUGCUGUAAUCAGGAUCCUCUGGAAGCCACCACCGGAUUGUUGCCACUGCUUGGGAUCGAUGUUUGGGAGCAUGCCUAUUACAUCCAGUACAAAAAUGAUCGUGCCAAGUACUUUGACGCUUUGUGGGAGAUCAUCGACUGGAAGGUGGUCUCAAAUCGAUACGAAAAAUUGCGCUGUCUUAUUGAGAAGUAAGGUUUACAUGAAGUUUAAAUAAAUACUGGUAUGGAAUUUUGCAA